ACUAACUAACCACCUCCAUGAUUUCAUAGUUCAAACCCAACUUCUCAAUAUUUCAUUUUGACCCCAAAAUGAAACUCCAACUUUUUCUCGUCCUUUCACUUUCGUCCCUCCUCCCCUUCCCAUCCCUCUCCGAGAACCCCACCUCCGACGACGGAGCAGAGAAGUCCCCGGUUCUCGACGCCGGCGGCGGAAGGUUGCUGGCCGGGGUCAACUACUUCGUCCUCCCGGUUACCGGCGGCGGCCUUUCCCCGGCUAAAGUCAACGAGAAACACGCCGCCUGCCCCCGCGACAUCGUCCAAGAAUCCGGCGAGGACCGGACCGGUUUACCGGUCGUGAUCUCGCCGGUCGAAGGCCGGACCGGUCCGGUCCAGCUUUCGACCGACGUCAACGUGAAAUUCUCCGCCCCGAUCGCCGCCGCCUGCUUGAACGAGACGGUGUGGAGGGUGGGGAAGUACGACGAGGCGGCCGAGAAGUUCCCCGUCGUCACCGGCGGCGCAGAGGGGAACCCCGGGCCGGAGACGAUCGGGAACUGGUUCAAGAUCGAGAAACACGGGCCGGGUUACAAGUUCGUGUUCUGCCCGACCGUGGCCGGCACGCUCCAGGUGGUCUGCCAGGAUGUCGGCGUGUUUCCCGGAGCCGGAGGUGCUCGGAUCUUGGCGCUGGGCGAUUCCCCGCUGGUUGUGACGUUCAAGAGAACCGGCCCGUGGGAUGCUCCGGUCCCGUUUCUCCCAGCUCCGUUGCCCCCGGUUCCGGUCCAUCCGCACCCGGAGCCUCCGGUUCACCCGGCUCCGGAAGCUCCAGUUCCGCCGGCUCCGGAAGCUCCGGCUCCGCCGGCGCCGGAAGCUUCUUCGGCAUAUUGGGGGACAAAGGCGGGGUUCUAUCACGUGAUGCUUCUCGGGACGACGACGUUUGGUUCAAUGUUGUUGUUGUUGUAGAUUUUCUAAGUUGACUAGUGUCGUGUACUACUACUGUUUUCUAUUGUUGUCAAGUGGCUUUUACUUUUUUUUUCUUUUUUAAGUUGUUUAGUGGGUAUGUGGGGUCUACCUACAUAUAGUCCAGGUGUCGAGCUGUGCGUCGCUUCAAUUCCUAGUGAACUAUAUAUGACCUACUACUAUGAUGAAUAAUGCAAACAUUUUAGUGGUUUUGCAUUGAAAUAUUUUUGUGUUGUUUGUUUGAUCCUCUUUUUUUGGUAAGUAAAUUUUAUGGUAGUCC